CGGGGAGAGACGGGGAGAGAGAGGGAGAGACGGGGAGAGAGGGAGGAUCAUUCAGGGAGGAGUGUCAGCGCUCUCUCACACACACACACGGACACUCUCACACAGACACACUCUCACACAGACACAUUCUCACUCUGACACACACAGGGCUCCGAUCCCACGGAGGAGGAAGCAGAAGAGGCAAGAGGAGCCCCAGGUGAGCCCCUGCCCCGCUGCCGGCCAUGCAGCUGUAACCCCGCUCCAGUCAUUCGCUAUCAGCCCGGGACUAAACUUUAGCUGCGAGUUGGGCUGCGGGCAUGGAUCUGAGUGGUACCGGGCUGCUCCGCCGCACCGCGCUGCUUCUCGUCCUGGCAGCCGCUCUCUGCUCCGGGAUCAGCUCCAUCAAUCCGGACAGAAGUGGGGACGGGAGGUGCCAGCCCAUAGAGAUCCCCAUGUGCAAGGACAUUGGCUACAACAUGACCAGGAUGCCCAACCUGAUGGGCCAUGAGAACCAGAAGGAGGCGGCCAUCCAGCUGCACGAAUUCGCCCCGUUGGUGGAGUACGGCUGCCACAGCCACCUCAAGUUCUUCCUGUGCUCCCUCUAUGCCCCCAUGUGCACCGAGCAGGUUUCUACCCCCAUCCCAGCCUGCAGGGUGAUGUGCGAGCAGGCCAGGCUCAAGUGCUCCCCUAUCAUGGAGCAGUUCAACUUCAAGUGGCCAGACUCACUGGACUGCAGCAAGCUGCCCAACAAGAAUGAUCCCAACUACCUGUGCAUGGAAGCCCCAAACAAUGGCUCUGAGGAGGCCCCUAGAGGGUCCAGCAUGCUGCCCCCCAUCUUCAGACCGCAGAGACCCAAUAGUGGCCAUGAGAUUUACCCCAAGGAUCCCACGGGCAGGACAACCUGUGAGAACUCGGGCAAGUUCCACCACGUGGAGAAAAGCGCCUCCUGUGCCCCCUUGUGCAGCUCUGCUGUGGAUGUGUACUGGAGCAAGGAUGACAAGAAGUUUGCCUUCAUCUGGAUAGCCAUUUGGUCCAUCCUGUGCUUCUUCUCAAGUGCUUUCACUGUCCUCACCUUCUUAGUAGAUCCACUGCGUUUUAAAUAUCCAGAAAGGCCUAUCAUCUUCCUGUCCAUGUGCUACUGUGUCUACUCCGUGGGCUACAUCAUUCGCCUCUUUGCUGGAGCCGACAGCAUUGCCUGCGACAGAGACAGCGGGCAGCUCUAUGUUAUCCAGGAAGGCUUGGAAAGUACAGGCUGCACCAUAGUUUUCCUAAUUCUCUAUUACUUUGGCAUGGCCAGCUCUCUAUGGUGGGUGAUAUUAACCUUGACUUGGUUUUUGGCUGCUGGAAAAAAGUGGGGGCAUGAAGCCAUUGAGGCCAACAGCAGCUACUUCCAUUUAGCAGCCUGGGCAAUUCCUGCUGUAAAGACCAUUAUGAUUCUAGUUAUGAGGCGGGUGGCUGGGGAUGAGCUAACAGGGGUAUGUUACGUUGGCAGCAUGGAUGUCAAUGCCCUCACUGGGUUUGUGCUUAUCCCCCUAGCCUGCUAUCUCAUUAUUGGCACCUCUUUUAUCCUUUCUGGCUUUGUAGCCCUUUUCCACAUAAGGAGGGUGAUGAAAACUGGUGGGGAGAACACAGACAAACUGGAGAAACUCAUGGUGAGGAUUGGGGUCUUUUCUGUCUUGUACACAGUCCCCGCCACUUGCGUCAUUGCUUGUUAUUUCUAUGAACGCCUCAAUAUGGAUUUCUGGAAAAUCCUGGCUACACAAGACAAGUGCAAAAUGGACAGUCAGACCAAAACACUGGACUGCACCAUGACCAGCUCUAUCCCAGCAGUAGAGAUCUUCAUGGUGAAAAUAUUUAUGCUGUUAGUUGUGGGUAUCACAAGUGGCAUGUGGAUAUGGACUUCCAAAACUGUGCAGUCUUGGCAGAAUGUCUUCAGCAAGAGAUUAAAGAAGAGGAACAGGAGCAAACCAGCCAGCGUCAUCACCAGCGCUGGAAUCUACAAAAAGCCCCAGCACCCCCCCAAGAUUCACCAUGGAAAGUAUGAAUCGGCCUUACAGUCCCCUACCUGUGUAUGAGCAGGGAGACUUCUAUUCUAAACACUGCUCAGCCUAGCACACAAACCAGAGACUGCAUGCUAAGGUACCCACACCGCUUUCCAUGGAAGGCAACCAGAGAGGGUCCAUACACCCAGCUUAUUGGGACAAGCAGAACUCUAUAUUAUAUGGCCUACUGUGUUAUUAAUUUAUGGUCACAUUUUUUACCGGUUCCGUGGAACUGCACCUAAAGGGACUGGGGGUAAAUGAAUAUAAGUUCUGAGAAACUUAAAGGGACACUAGGGCCAGAUUAAAAGGUGCUGUUUUAACAGCAUUUAUGUAAUAUUUAUACUAUUUUUCAGGUCAUUUUAGACAUAGGUGGGGGAAGAUUUUUGCUUUUGCACAUGUUUAUACAGAAUGUAUAUUACUGUGUUGGCACAGUGGGAAAUGCACCGUUCAACUGAAACUCGCUAUUUCCUGCCUACUUAAAUCCAUCGUAUAUUCCAUUAUACAGCUUUACUUACCCUUUAGUGGUAAGAUGUUUGCAAUCGUAUUGCUGAAUGUUACAACAUAAGUUCAAGUCCUGUUAUGGUACUAGUGAUUGCCAUGUUACCAGGUUGAGAUGGUAAAAAAGGCUGCAGGCUGUCAUGGGAUUAGCAUUUCAUUAAUAUUUGGAAGGCUGCAACAGGGCAGUGCCCACCUAACUUCCUGGCACACGUAAGUUUUGUUUGGCUCUUGGCAUAGCCAGGACGGACUGCUGUCGGUAGGAACUAUAGUGCAAUAUUGUCUCUUUAAUCCCCCACACUUAAAAAGAGAAACAAGUCUCUUGCUGUAUAAAAUGCAACAAAAAAAGAGCUCAGGGGUCCAUCCCCCAGAAACCCUUUAGUCUUUGCUCUCCGAGGCUUUUUUAAUGGAAAUCAAGCCAAAUGUUAUACACGUUGGGUCUGUUUGGUUAAAAAAGGGGGGAGGGGGGGAUGGAUCAAUUCAAAGGGCUUAUUGACUCUUUCUAUUGUGAAACAAAUACUAGCCAUGAAUAGAUCAAAAAAAGCACUAGAUUCUGCAAAGGGAAACUUUGUUUUGUGUGUUGCUCUUUGCUGUGCUCUCCCAGCACAAACCAUUAUGUCUUGUAUAUAUUUGUAACAUACAGAUAUUUUUCAUGCUUUACUAUUUUAUUAAAAUAAAAGAUAUUUUUUAGUUUA